AUUUUUAGUUACGUAAAAAACAUGUAUUCAUUUUUCUCCAGGUUCGUACCACUGCAAUGUGCCUAACCGGCUUUUCAUGGGUUGAAAUGAUGAAUUACGAUAUACAUUGAAUGCAGCAACGGAUGCAUCUGCGGCGUAAGAUGCUGUGAUUGGUUCAUGAUAACACAUGAACCAAUCAGAAGGUUCCUUAUGGCUCUGUGAACUACAGAGACCAGAGCUACGACGUCAUUGCGAUAGUCGGCGGGAAAAGUCCAUUUGGUUUGUGGUACCGUCACCUUCCACACGUUUUCUCCGUUUUAGUAACAAAAAGCCAUCUCCCAGCCAAUAAGGACUUCCGCAACGUCUCGCGUGCUUUGAAGGAACGGCUGUAGGUCGUCGUCCAUCAUGUCUGACAGUAUGAUGCGAAGCGUCCGGGUCCAGCUGACCACAACGAUGGACUCCGUCUUGAGGACGGCCGUGUUUGAAGUCAUGAGGAUCUUAGAAAGCGCACUGUAUAACCAUAAGAUGGAGAUGGCGCAGAAGGGAGAAGAGAUUGCUCAGCUAAAAAAAAAGCUACAAGCUGCAGACCUAAAGCUUAAAGACUUUGAGAUGAGCAGUCAGAGAAGAGCAGAGACGACUGAAACCCAAUCAAAGCCAGAAGUUGCCCCAGAACAGCCUGUCACAGUUCCUGAGAUUGAUGUUGAAGUGCCCGAUGACUGGUGUGCUCCACUGGGCUGUGAUACGUCGAACAGACAGGAAGAGGGUUGCCCCAGCGUAAGACUGCGCCAGUUUUCCAUUCGUCUGUCUCCUGUUCCUCUUGUUAAGCACGAGGAGGACAACAAUGUCAUCAACGUACAGAAAUCUCCAGUCGGCAGGAGAUCAAAAAGAAUCUCUGCCAUGAAUGAAAAGCCAAACCCGAGCCAAGACGAGAGUAAACCAGCCGUUAAUCAAGCAGCUCGGCACCCGAAAUUAAGUGGCGACCUCAACAGAUUACUCCAAGGUCUCAGCAAGGACUACUGCGACCUCAGCGGUUUGGACCGGCUUCGGAAAAGACGAACGAGUGAGGAAACUUUUACAGAUAACGACAAAAAAGAGGAGAAAGACGAAGAAGAUUCGUCAAAGCACAAAGAGAAAGAUCAGAGGAAAUCCAAAUACAUUUGUGAGACUUGCUACAAGGUGUUGAACACAAAAAAUGGYCUGCAUGCACAUGAGCGUUCCCAGAGGAAGUGCAAAGGCUGCCUGAAGGCCUUCUGCUUCCAAAACGAUGUGAAAUACCAUAAGAGAGUUUGUGCAGAGUACAAGAAGUUGAUGAAGGAAAAACGCAGACUACAAGGGAAGAAGACUCCCGUAAAAAACAAAGGAYUCGACUCCAGCAAAGCYGAGGGGAUCGGGAAAAAGGAAAUCACGCAGUCUUCUGACAAAACAACCCCCUCCACCCGAAAGUUCUCCUGCAAGAAGUGCAGCUACAAGACUAACUCCAGAAAAAAAUUUAGACGACACAAAAUGUGUCAUAGCGAGAAGAUGCAAACUACACCUGUAUGUCUAGAGAUUCUUGAUGAGAAAAAGGAAUUUGAUGUACACGAGAAAAACCACAAAAGUCUCAUGGAGGUCAGCAACCAAAAUGGAGACCUUGGAUGGACUGAGCCCUUAGAAGAUGUUGACGAAGACGGAGGAUUAAGACAAGGCGAAAAARUGCAAGAAUGAAGGCCACUGAGGGUGAUAAGUGAUGUACAUUUUGUUUUUUACCAACCUGAGUACAUAAGAGGAAGGGCMGGAAGACUGCAACAGGAAUAGCUGCUGUCCUCGUUGAAAGCCGCAAUUUACACCCACUGUUUUGUUUUUUACUUCAGAAUUSKAAAAGAAAAGCUCCAAAUAUUGUAUUUCUUAAAACCAAUUUCAGUCAAAAUAAGAUGCCAAAGUAGCUCGUUUUUUCUCUCUCAAAUCACAGGUAAGAGUAUAAGRCGAGAYGGUUUGUCCUCCAAAAUCUAGUAGUCACCUCAACGUCUUGUUUUUGCUGACUACAAUCAGACUGACGAAGGCAGAUGUAUCCUCAGAAAGUGAAAACUCUUAAGAGAUCUAUAAAUAAAAUGAAAUCUAUAAACUUGCUAGGUGAUUGUCGAGUAAGUCAAAAGUGCUUCAUCACUUUGUGAGAAAUAUGAGCCAAGCCAAAAAUAUGCAUUUUUUUUUCUGUUUGCUUGUUUUUUUUUUUUAUAAAUAUGAAGGUUCAGCCUCUCCAAGUAUUUGUUUGCAUUUGAUACAUCUUAGGUACUUUACAACUGUAUUAUUUGAUGUUCUUGAAAGCUGGAUCAUUACAGCUCUCUGAAGUCAAUUAAAUUGGUUCAACAGAUUUAAGUUUUAAAAAUGGGUUUACUCUACAGGAAUAAUUUGUACUUGGCAAUCGUGUUUAGUUUUUGUUCAUUUUUAACAUUUGAGAAUAAUAUUUAAUUCUUUUACUUAAAUGUUGACAGUAUUGAAUUUGACGGUAAAAAAAUACCUUUAUUUAAUGGAGACUUGCAAUGCUUCCUGAUGUUCCUUUAUUUGAUUUUAAUUUCAUGCUGGAGUUCUGAAAUAAAGCAAACUGUAGUUUUUCACUGCUAA